UUCCGGCAAAGGCGGACAUCUUGUGGCGUAAACGCGGAGAGCAUAGAUUGAGACGGUGUGUUAAGAUUGAAAGAGCUGCUUACUGUAGCUGGAACAUUCGUUCUCUGGCUUGUUGUCAAGAGACGGCGAACAAAAUAUACGCAUAGAUUUCAGUAAUAAGAACAUCUGCCGGUGGGUACAGAAAUAUACACAUAUAUAAGGCCGCGGCUGAGUGGGUGACAUCAGUGCGACGUGGGAACUACUUUUUUGUUAUCAUUUUGCCCGGCAGUUCCGCUCGUGACCCGAUCAGCUAGCUGCAGUGGCUAGCCGGCUAGCUAACACCUACCCGGAGCGAAAACAUGGCGCUGAAACGCAUUCAUAAGGAGCUGAAUGACUUGGCCCGUGACCCGCCAGCACAGUGUUCAGCAGGCCCAGUUGGAGAUGACAUGUUUCAUUGGCAAGCUACAAUCAUGGGACCUAAUGACAGUCCAUAUCAAGGAGGUGUUUUCUUCCUCACAAUUCAUUUCCCCACUGACUACCCUUUCAAACCCCCCAAGGUUGCAUUUACAACAAGAAUUUAUCAUCCAAAUAUUAACAGUAAUGGCAGCAUCUGCCUGGAUAUUCUAAGAUCCCAGUGGUCUCCUGCUUUAACUAUUUCUAAAGUUCUUCUGUCCAUUUGUUCACUGUUAUGUGAUCCAAACCCAGAUGACCCCUUAGUGCCAGAGAUUGCACGCAUCUACAAAACAGAUAAUGAAAAGUACAACAGAAUAGCUCGGGAAUGGACUCAGAAAUAUGCAAUGUGAUGUUUUUCAGCAGAAGCGGGACAACCUGCAUUAUAGCUGGAAUAAACUUUAAGUUUCUCAUUCAUCUUUCCCCCUUCCCACUUUGGUUAUUUUAUUUGGCUGCUCCCUUUAUAUUACUUUUUUGUCCCCCUCCCUCCAAUCAUUCACAUGCACUUACAAGAAGAUGGCCUCUUCACUUUGAUAAGACCAGCUUUUUCAUGAAUUUCUAGUUUUUAAAGGCAGAUAUGCCUGUGAUUCUGAGCUCUGAGAAGCAUGUCCAUAAAGAGGGUACUGUACCUCAAUGUUCACUAUCAGGCAGUGACAAAAUGAAAGCGUUCGUCAUCGCUCUAACAUGUGGCAAAGAUGGCAGUGGA